AUAAUUCGUCUAGGGGUGGGAAUAGAAAACUGUCAGAAGUUAUUCUGUCGUCUUUUUUGCGCUUGCCCGCCUUCAAUGAGUUGAAUUCAUUCAUAGCAGGACUCAGAAUGGAGGACACGUCGCAACAAGAGAAACAAGAGUUGGAAUAUAAAAAUCCAAAUGAGGAGGAAGGUGGGAUCCGUCGCCGAUUGCGAGACAGGGACCUUCUCAGGAAGAGAAAGGCCGAAGCAGAAGAGAAGGAAACUAACCAGUGGGUUUUUGGGGAGGAGAGCCAACGGAAAAGAUCAAGAGCCGAGGACAAGAGCGGUGCAAAGAAGAGAGGGAGGCCCAGGAAGACUGAACCCACACCGCAGCUGUCUGCUGUUCAGGAAGAAGUUGAAGCACUUCAGGAAACUCCUGCAGUCGUGGUGGUACCUGAACCCGCUGUGGUCAUUCAGGACCAAAUCACCGGCUCUCUGCCUCCGCUGUUUGGGCUGGAAUCACAACCAGCUUCAGUCCUUGCUGCUCCUGCUCCUGCUCCUGCAGCAGUGUUCGAGUUUGUGCAGAAUUCUGCUCCUGCUCCGACUCUGGCUUUUGCUGCUCCAGUUCCCGUCCAAGAUUCAGCUCCUGCUCCAGAUGCUGUCUUAGUCCCAGCUCAGUCCCUAGACUCUGUUCCAGCUGUAACUCCUGCUCCUCCCUCAGCUCCUCCCCAAGUGGAGACCCUCUAUACAGAGUCACAAGGCAAGGAGGCCCCAGGCCAGGUCCUGAUUGAGGACUUAGGCCCAGAUGAGGAGGAGGACAUCUCUCCAUCACAAGGCAACAAACGCGCUAAUGAAGAUUUGAGUGAAACACUUUCGAUCAACGUACCUGAACAAAAUAACGUGUACUCAGUUCCAACUGUCUCUGCUCAGCCUAUGGCUCAGGAAUAUUUUCCAGGAAAUUAAUUGCAACUUUUUUUCUGAAAUGCACUGUUAAGAUAUUGCUUUAUAUAUGCAAAGCCUCGUCACAGUUUGUAUCUGAGUAUUUUUCUUCUUUUUUUUGUGUAGUGUGCACACAAAGGAUGAGGCAAGUCAUUGCUUAUUUGAAAGAUGUAUGAAUUCAAACCAAAGCUGUAUGCUUAUUUAUUUUGGUUGUGCUUCACUGCAAAGCUUAUGAUCUUUUUUUUAUAUACUUUCAAUUUAAUAUGCAACCAGUUUCACUGGCCUUUAUUUAAAAGUUAAGGGUAUAAAUCGCUGGUAAUUAUGUAUUCAUAAUUGUGGAUUUAUUUUUACAGAAUUUUGUAAAAGCUACUAUUCGUCUAAUAAAAGUCACUUCUGCAUCA